AUGAUGGCCACUUCCGCAUACUCCGCUAAUGGCGCGUCGCGUCAACGUGUGAAACCUCAGAAAGAGAGCAAUGGAUACACUAAUGGGCACGUCAAUGGGAAUGGAAAUAAAACUGCGAAGACAAACGGAAAUGCAAAUGCAAAUGCACAUGGAAAAAUACAGCGCUCCGGCUCUGCUCCACGAUCGCAAUCGCAACCUCAACCUCAACCCAAGAACUUCGCAACAUCGCAUACGUGGUUCAUCCCCUUGAUCCUCAUCCUAACAAUCGGGUCCAUAUACGCCCUUAACCCAACCCAGACCAACAUCCUCCACCGAUUCAUCUUCCUCUCCUACGAACAACCACAAACAAACCCCUCAACCCCCAUCCAAUAUGGCAAGGGACUCUGGGACAUCGCCUUCGUCUCAUUCUACACCCUAAUCCUAACAUUCACCCGCGAAUUCAUCAUGCAAGAGCUCCUCUUCCCACUCGCAAAAGCAUACAUCAAGUCGGAGCGCAAGCAGGCCCGCUUCAUGGAACAGAUGUACACGGUUAUUUACUUUGCGGUUACCGGUGCGGCGGGUGUAUAUGUUAUGUCUAGGUCGCCGGUUUGGUAUUUUAAUACAACUGCUAUGUAUGAGGGGUUCCCGCAUAGGACGCAUGAGGCUGCGUUUAAGUUUUAUUAUCUUUUUGAGGCGGCUUAUUGGGCUCAGCAGGCUAUUGUCAUGAUUUUGGGACAGGAGGAGAAGAGGAAGGAUUUUAAGGAACUGGUUGGGCAUCAUAUCGUUACGCUUGCGUUGAUUGUGUUGAGUUAUCGGUUUCAUUUUACUUAUAUGGGUAUUGUGAUUUAUAUUACUCACGAUAUUAGUGAUUUCUUUUUGGCUAUCUCGAAAUCCUUCCAUUAUACCGGUUCGGAUUUGAUUAUUCCCGCUCUCACCAUCAAUGUCUUCGCUUGGGUCUAUCUACGCCAUUAUAUCAAUCUGCGCGUUAUGUACUCUAUCCUUACGGAGUUCAGGACCGUGGGUCCUUAUGAACUUAAUUGGGAGACUCAGCAGUAUAAGUGCUGGAUCUCGUGUAUUAUCACUUUCUCGCUCCUGGCUAUGCUUCAGGGUCUCAAUCUCUUCUGGUUAUAUUGUCUUGGACGCAGCUCGUGGAAGUUCUUGGCUUAUGGUGAGAAGAAGGAUGAUCGGUCUGAUGACUCUGAGGAGGAGCUGGAGCCGGAGCAGAUCGAGACUGAGAAGGAGUGA